CUCAUUCCUUGGUCAACUUUUAAUACAACUGGUAUUAAUAACUGAAAACUUAUUCCUUGCAUUUCAUUUCGACGGAAUUCGUGUUCGGAAACUGACAUAAAACUUUUAGAUUUUUCUUCAAUGAUUAAAAUAGCGCCAUGUCUAUCUCUUAUAUUUAUUAUAUUCGUUACCCAAUCUAAGGCUUCGAAUAUGUUCAUGAAAGAUGGAAAACUUAAGUGGGGAAAGCAUAACAUAGGUGUGCCGACAACUAUUGGCAAUAACACAGAUGUAGUCAAUCACAAAAUUAUGAUCAAUAUGGUUCUCAAAGGUGAUAAACCUUCUGCCGCCUGCAAAGUAUGUUAUGCUGGAAUAUUAGAAAUAAUUAGAAACAACGAGGAUCUAGACGAUUCAGAAGUUCUGUCGAAAAUUAAAGAAUAUUUGGGAGACGAACCAACUUCAAAUGAAUCCAGUGAGGAGGAAUCUGAUCCCGACUGUGACACACCAUCACCGGACACUAAAAAUCGUCCCGCCAGUCCAGAUGAAUUACAUAAAUUACAAAAUUUAAUAACGAUUCUGUUGGACACCACUAGACCAAAAAACACAACAGACAAUAAGAAAGGCAAACCUUCUAACGAUGUGGAGAAAGAACGUACACAGGAUCAGAAGGAUUUAUUAAAUAUAAAAACAUAUUUGGAAGAUACACCCCCAGAAGAAGUUAAUGAAGACACCUUAAAUAAUUUAUUAAAAACUAUAAUGGGUAUUUUUGGACGUCAUCCAGGAAGUGGAAAGCAUAAAAGACCUAAAGGAGAAAAACCAGAAGAACCAGAAGGAACAGAAAAUCCAGAAAAACCAGGAAAACCAGGAAACCCAGGAAAACCAGGAAAACCAGGAAAACCAGGAAAACCAGGAAAACCGGGAAAACCGGGAAAACCAGGAAAACCAGAACCAACUAAACCAACUGAUAGCGACGAAGACGAUGACGAUGAGGAAAACGAAGACCAAAUCGAUAAACAUAUGUAUCCUAAACUUGAAACGUUUUUACAAAAUGACGACGAAUUAAAGAAAGUAGAAGAGUAUUUGCAAAAUGCGCCAAUUAAAAACGUUGACGAUUACUCCCAAGUGAAACAUGACGUAUAUGACGUAAUAGAAGGUAAAAAGGUUUUGGAAAAUGAUGAUGGUUGCCAUUGUCUACAGCCAAAAGAUAGACCCAAAUUCAAUCCUUCUGACAAAGUUGACUAUGAUUACGUUAGUAGCAGUGAAGAAGAUACGUAUGUGGCAUCAUUAAAAUACUUUACGGGAUAUUUAUUGAAGUUUACUAAAAUCAAAGCGCCCAAGAAUAAAAAAGGAAAAAUUAAUGACAAAGACCUCCAGGAUGAGCUCAACCACGACAACAAAAUUUUAACAGAUGUAAAAAAAUAUUUGGAUAACACUCCAACUGAAAAUGUUGAAGAAGACGACUUACAUCAUAUAUAUAACUUACUCCUUCACGUUCUGUUGGGAAUUGAUGAUGAUGAAGACACAAGUUUGGAAAAUCCCAAGGAUGCAAACCCAAACAAUCCCUCCGGAAUCAAUAUUCCUGAUAUGUCAACGCUUCUAAAAAGUAAAGAUUUGUUUUCAAAAAUACAAGAUUAUUUAGAAGGUCUAGAAGAUGGUAAUAAAGACGGUGAUUACAAAGACACGAAAGACAAGGUGUAUCAAAUCCUUAUGGAUGACGUAAAGCCACAAAAUAAGAAAUCAGCAAAAAGACCUAAGCCCAACAAACAGGGAAAUAAUCCUGAAGAAAAGGACAAAAACAACUUACAGUUCUUAACAGAUUUAAUAGAACUCUUUUUAGUCAAUAGCAAUAAUGCACACCACAGUAGUGAAGAGGACGAUGAUGAUCGGUCGGAUUCUUUGGAAGACCAAUUUACACAGGAUAAUCAAAUGUUACUGAAAAUAAAAAAUCUUUUGAAACACACUCCAUCUAAUAAGAUUCAAGGAUCGUUGAAAAAUAAGCUUUACAACAUUCUACUGCAAAAGAUCCUCUUAGGACGUGAUGAUGAAGAAAUUGCCAAAAAUAAAGAUGAACCUCAUGUUGAUCUGGACGAUGACAAAAAAUUAUCGAAAAUAAAAGGAUAUUUGGCAAAUAUAAAAAUUCAAAACGUUGAUGAUUACGAAAAUGAGAAAAAGAAGUUGUAUAAUAUUCUAAUGGGUUGGAAAACACCGUCCGAUAAUACACAUGAUGAAGAUGAAGAUAGCAGUGAAGAAAUUUCACCUGGGGCUGUUAAUGAUGUUGAGCAUAUAGAUACUUUAAAACAACUAAUACAAAUUCUAAUGGAAACUACCAACAAGACAGUCAAUGUCGAAGAAGAUGAUCAUCCUGAUUAUCAAACUCGUUCUUUGCGAGAAGCCAGCAAGUAUGAUAAUGAUAUUUUAGCGCAAAUGAAUGGAUAUUUGGAUAAGACACCACCGGAAAAUAUUGAUGUACCAACAACUCAAAAUUUACAUCAUAUUUUACUUGGUAAGGUACUUCUGGGACUUAAUGAUGAAGAUUCCAUGGGAGAACUACCCCAUUCACUGGACAAUUCCGGAAAAAAUGCGUCAGACUGGGCUGGAUUUAGAAUUAUUAUGCCUGGUUCCGAUGAAAAGGAAGAUGAUGAUGAAAAGCUUCUAUUGAAUCUGCGCGCCAAAGAAAAAUUGCCGAUCAUUAAAGCAUAUUUGAAUCAUAUUCCAAUUAAAAACCUUGAUGAUUACAAUGGAGCGAAAAAGAAAGUGUACGAAAUUUUAAUGGGCAAGAUAAUACUGGGAGACAAUUCAGGAACUACCAACCAAUCUGAUGAAAAGGAAAAGGACAAUCCACUUGCACUUUUCUUACUAACGAUUAAAGAUAACUUAAAAGGCAAGAAUAAAUCUAAACAAAAGGACAUUUCUUAUGACUUCCUUAAGGGACUGGAAGGUAUGAACUUUUAUAGCGAUGAAAAUCAAGAUAAACCGCUAACAAGGGAACAAAUUUUAUUGAAAAUAAAAUUAUAUUUGGAAAACGGAGGAAAUGCAAAUAAUGGGGAUAAUCAGGACUUACUAAAUUACAUAUAUAAAAUGUUAUUUGGAAUGAAAAAUCAACCAGGAUCAACAGUCAAACCUAAGGAAAAGGAAAAUGAUGACAAAAUUGCAAUUUUCUUGCAAAUGGUUAAAGAUAAUCUUAAAAACAAAAAGAAAAACAAAAAUAAGGGCAACGAUGAUGACCUAAUAAAGGGAUUGGAAAGCAUGAACUUGUUUACCGAUGAUAAUGGAAAACCAUUAUCAAUAGACGAAACCUUAUUUAAAAUAAAAAUAUAUUUGGACAAAGAAAACAAUGGAAAUGGAGACAAUCAAGAUUUGAUAAAUUAUAUAUACAAACUUCUGUUUAGUUUAAAACGUGGAGGUAAACAAAAACAUAAAAAUAAGGAGUAUGGAUACCAAAUUAAAGAAUUUCCAUUUGAAAUUACAGGCAGUAACAACAUCAACAAAAAUAAAUAUAUAGUCGCGGUAGAAAAUGUCGAUUAUUACGAAGUGGAAGUUGACGAUGAAAAUAACACAGGAAACACAUUAGAUUUUGAGUAUUUCGAGGACGGUGGAUUAAGAGAUGAUUAUGUUAAAAAAAAUAAGGGUAAAGGAAAGAAACCGGGCAAAGGGAAAAAUGGAUAUAAAAUGAAGGGACAUAAAAAAGAAGGUGGUACCAUAGCAUUGGAUGAACCAAGCCCCAUAUUAGGAUUACUUUCUGGAGCAACGAAUGUUGUUCAUAACAUGUUAAACAUUGAUUGAUUGAUUUAAUGGAAUAUUCAAUAUUUAUAUAUAUUUAAAAAUAAAAAAAGUUUUGUCUUAUGAAA